UUCUGACGGACAAAAUCGGUGCGUCAGCCACAACGUCGGUGUGUUACCAGAGAAUGUCCGUAGACGGGCUCUGGUGCUACUGAAUGAAUUUGUCCUCUGUGUAAUAUCUAGCCAUUUAGAUGUUAUUUUAAAUGGGGCUCACUGCCCAUUUGGAAUAAAAUCCACACCAUUAAAACACCAGCGCGUAAGGCAAAAAUCCACUGCGACAUGGCUAUUAGUUGUCAUUUUCUUAUCAUAUCUUAGUGGCGCUAACCUCCGAUUUUAUAUAGCAUGUGUUGAACAUUCGGGCAGGACGGAGGAUAGGACAAGGUAUGAUAAGUUUACCAUUAAGUCAACGUUAUGUCUAAUUACAACGCUCAUGAGAGUGCGGUGGAAGAAACAAUAAACGGUGCAGUAAAAGGCAACAGCAUUGGGAAGCGCUUGGGUAUAAUCGCGACUUGUGUUGUUGGAGGGUCACUGGUUGCCCUCUAUGCUGUGGCAGGACCAUUUGUUGCCCCAGCCCUAAGAAAAAUAUGCCUCCCAUAUGUUCCGGCAACUUCGGUUCAGGUUGAAAAUGUGCUGAAGGUGCUUCGAUGCAGAUCAGGCUCACUUGUGGACAUCGGGAGUGGAGAUGGAAGAAUAGUGAUUGCAGCUGCCAAAAAGGGCUUUAGAGCUGUAGGAUUUGAGCUCAACCCAUGGCUGGUUUGGUAUUCACGUUACAAAGCAUGGAGGGAAGGGGUUCAUCACUCUACCUCAUUCUACAUAUCAGAUCUAUGGAAGGUUAGUUUUGCUCAGUAUUCCAAUGUUGUGGUUUUUGGAGUUCCACAGAUGAUGGAGCAGCUUGAAGACAAGUUGGGGAAGGAACUGCAAAACUCUGCCAGGGUGGUUGCCUGCCGCUUCCCUUUCCCCUCAUGGGUUCCUGAUGACUCAGUCGGCGAGGGGAUAGACUCUGUGUGGGUGUAUAAUGCAAAGACAUUUCAAUCCCAAGCACAGAUAAACCAGGCAACUGAAAAGUAAACUGACCUGGGCUUUCUAUUUCUUGGCGGAAUGUAUUCUGCUAGUUGUGUGAAUUCAAAAUUGUUUGUAAAGUCUAAUAAAUGUGUAAAAAACAA